CGGGAUGGGCUGUCCCCAUCCUCAUCCCCAUCCUCAUCCUCAGCCCCAUCCCGGUCUCCAGCCCCCUCCCCAUCCAUCCCCGGGCGCGGCGGGGGAGCAGCCCCGGGGCUGAACCGGAGCUGCCCCGGAGCCCCGGCCGCAGCGAGCAGAGUUGGGGCGGGGGGGGGAGAUCCGGCCCCCACACCCCGGGGGUGACCCCUCUGCACCCAACGAGCAUCCUCGGCAUCACCCUCUCUUUUGGGGCCGGCUGCUCUCGCAGGCCGGAGGGCACCCGCGAGCACCCGCAGGUCCCCAGCCCCGUCGCGACACCUUCGCCGCGACCCCCAUGGCACCCGGGGUGGAGACCCACCAGCUCCUUUCCCAGAGCCCCCAACAAGGCGUUGGCGGCCACCGGCUCUGCUCGAGGGGGGGGUCUGACCUGCUGAGUGUGGCCAAUGGGUCCCCUCGCUUGUCCCCAAGCGAGCCGGCACCUUGAUGGCAUCGCCCGCCGGUGGCUCUGCCAUUGCUCACCGCUCCCCUCCUUUUCCUUUUGCAGGACAGGGCUGAGGAAUUGGACUGGCGAACAAUAGCAGCACUGGAAAACAAUGGAGCUGCCGCACCUUCGCGCUUAGGGACGCCAGACGGACACUCGGAAGAAAUCCCGGCUCCAAAAUAGCGCCUGGGCCAGAGCCACCGCUGCACCGGCUCGUGGGAGCCAUCCAUCGAGCACCGUCGGUCAAGUCAAGGAUCUGCCAGGACGGGGGAAGGGAAGGGAGAGACCCUGGAAAAAUGAAAGCCCAUCUGUAGAAGGAUUUGCACAAACACCCGAGGAAAAGUGUGACCUAAGAAUUCCUUUCUUGUCGCCUAAAACCGCCCUGACGUUGCGUUUCGAGGUCUGAUUUCCAAAGUGCUCCAAGCCCACAGGUGACCCUGAGGACUUCACCCUAAAUCUCACUUGAAUUCUGCUUCAUAGCACGCAAAAAUCACACUCAUGCUCUAAGCCGGGGCCAUUCCCAAGGUGGGAUUUUUGGGGGAGUAUCCAAGUGUUUGCAUGAGAGCGAUGGAAAUGUUUUGGCACUGGAGGGAAUGCACAAAAAUUCAACCGGCAUCGUUAAAAAAAAGAUAAAGGAACCAGCCCAGCAUCUCUCGCUGCUUGUGAAAGUCAGCCCUCGUGCCCACUGCCUGGUUUCAGGACGGCACGGGGAAGCACCAAGCUGGAUCCAGACCCCCGUGUCUGGAGCUUCGUAACAAACCCCUAGCAAAAUAAAUGGAGAAAAGGAGCAAAUCCUGUUUAUAACCCUGCCACCUCCAGGUCUGGCAUCGCCAGGGCGGUCCGUGGAUGCUCGAAAUGCAAAUGUUAGCUCGCAUCAAACUUUGCCUGUGGCUGCAUCCGCUGGAGCCUUUUCCCAAGAUCUCUUCCAAAUCCAACUCUCAUGAAAGAAGAGCGGGAGGAUGGAUUACGGCGGCUGCGAGUACCUGGUCCCCUGUGGAAAAGACAAAUACAUCUCCAAAAAUGAGCUGCUCUUACACUUGAAGACGUACAACAUCUACUACGAAGGGCAAAAUUUGCAGCUGCGGCACCGGGAGGAGGAAGGCGAGCUCAUCGUGGAGGGGCUGCUGAACAUCUCCUGGGGCUUGCGGCGACCCAUCCGCCUGCAGAUGCAGGAUGACAACCAGCGCAUCCGUCCGCCACCCUCCUCCUCCUCCUGGCACUCCGGCUGCAACCUGGGAGCCCACGGGUCCGUGCUGAAGCCCAGCACCUUGCCAGACAUCCAGGUUACGGAUGCGGAGGCCACGCCAAACGCGGAGGCUCCGGGGAGCUGCGCAGCCACCAAAUCGCAGCCGGAGGAGACGCCGCAGCUGAUGCGGACACGGAGCGACGUGGGCGUACGACGCCGGGGCAGCGCCCGCACCCCCAGCGAGCAGCGGCGCAUCCGCCGUCACCGCUUCUCCAUCAACGGGCACUUCUACAACCAUAAGACGUCCGUGUUCACGCCGGCGUACGGCUCCGUCACCAACGUCCGGAUAAACAGCACGAUGACGACCCCCCAGGUCCUCAAACUGCUGCUCAAUAAAUUCAAGAUUGAAAACUCGGCGGAGGAGUUUGCGCUGUACAUCGUCCACACCAGCGGAGAGAAGCAGAAGCUGCGAGCCAGCGAUUACCCCCUGAUCGCCCGCAUCCUGCAAGGCCCCUGCGAGCAGGUCUCCAAGGUCUUCCUCAUGGAGAAGGACCAGGUGGAAGAAGUCACCUACGACGUUGCUCAGUACAUCAAAUUCGAGAUGCCCGUCCUCAGGAGCUUCAUCCAGAAGCUGGAGGAAGAGGAGGAUCGCGAAGUGAAGAAGCUAAUGCGCAAAUACUCCAUCCUCCGGCUGAUGAUCGAGCAAAGGCUGGAGGAGAUUUCUGAAGGUCCGACGGCGAUGUGAAACGCUUCGCCAGCGCCCCGGCUCCGAGCUGCAUCACACGAAGAGCCUUUUGCCCGCAGGACGUACUGUACCGAAUCCCAAACCUCCGUCUUUCCCGGAGCACUCCCAGUAUCCGCCCGGAUUGCUGCGGCUCUGAGCCAACCCAUCCUCCCGCACCUUCUUCUGCGCAGCAUCCUCAGGGGAUUCCUCCUCGGCAAACGGGGCUUUUCCCAGCAAGGCUCUGGCCAGUGGCAGCUUCAGCCAAAACCUCAAAUCCCUGGAAAUAACAGGUUAAAAAAAAAAAGGAAAUCCACGAGCAGGGCGAGGGCUGCAAGCGUUGGAGAGGAAGAAUUUUGGGCUCAGUUUGAAGAUGCUCGCUUCAGCGGUGCCCACACGUGGGUCCCGGCGGAGGACCCGCUGCUCGGUGGCAAGAGAGCACAAAUAAUUCCUCUUUUUAAGAAAAACAACAAAAAAGCACAUUUCUAUUGCAAUAAUUUGCAGGUGACAGGAAGCUUUUGUAAAUCGGAAGGGUCGGCUGAGAAUUAGGGUUUUUUAACACUUUUGCUGCCAAAAGCAAACCUGGGGACUGAUGGUUGGAUUUACAGCAAAAGAGUAAAUUGCAUUUUUCCGGCGUGUUCCCUUAACCUGCAUCUGGUCACAUAACUCCCUCCUUCCCCCAUUUCUAAUUUGCACUAAUUUUACGGAUUUUUAAAACAAAAAAACAAACCACGAUGUCAAACCUCUCUGGUAGCUGUAACAUGCCAAAUAGUGGUCGCAGGAAUAGUUGACGGUGCUGAGCAUCUCUCAAGGGAUGCUGUAUGGAAAGCGGUGGGGCAGGGGGGCAAGAGGAGGGGGAGGCAGAAAUAAAGAGGGUUUUAUUUUGCGUAUUGGUUUUGCAGCGGUGCUGGCACAUCAUCCCGGUGAAACCGGGACCUGGACUGGCUCCGUUACCACCAUCGCAUGUGGAAAAACCUCUUUCCUCCCAGGCUAAACCAGCAAUAUCAAUUUUAUACCUCGACAUGAACUAAAACUCUGACUUUCUCCCUCCCUUGCGUUUUUGCAAUGUGUCUUUGUAAUUUUUUUUAAUUUUAAUGGUACCUUUUCCACCUUUAAUAUGUGUUAGGGAAAGCAUUGUACAGCGAGAAAAGCUUUUUAUGUAUUUGAAGGAUGACUGUGGCAUUGCUUCGUUGAUUAACAAGAAAACAAAAUAUGUAGCAACUUAAUACAGAAUGAAAAUCCCCGA